CCCCCCCCCCCCCAAAAAAAAAACAACAAAAGAAAAAAAAAAAGGCGCAAUGGAUCCGCUUUCACCCCUCAUCUCCUUCCCUCGCUUUCACGCCUCUUGAUUCCAACCCCACCCGGCCAACCCCCCCUGGACGGAGCCGUUUUGCCGCCGUGUCACGCCGCCGACAUCUUUCUGAUCCGAUCGGUAAAUGAUCUUCAAAGGUGAGAGAACUUAGAGCAUAAGAGAACAUUUUGGGAUCUAAUGGCAUCAGUAGGUAUGCCACCCACAUCUGGUUUGAGAGAACCCAGUGGCCAUGCCGUUGCUGCUGAUACUUUGCCUGAUGAGAUGAAUGAUAUGAAAAUUAGGGAUGAUAAGGAGGUGGAGGCAACAGUUGUUGAUGGAAAUGCAACAGAGACAGGCCAUAUAAUAGUUACAACUAUUGGGGGCAGAAAUGGCCAGCCGAAACAGACAAUAAGCUACAUUGCCGAGCGUGCAGUGGGACGUGGAUCAUUCGGAGUUGUGUAUCAGGCUAAGUGCCUAGAGAAUGGUGAAGCUGUAGCUAUAAAGAAGGUCCUGCAAGACAAGAGGUACAAGAAUCGAGAGCUGCAGAUCAUGCGUCUUCUAGAUCACCCAAAUGUAGUCUCUUUGAAGCAUUGUUUCUUCUCGGCGAGUGAAAAAGAUGAGCUGUACCUUAAUCUAGUACUGGAGUAUGUUCCUGAAACUGUGCACCGUGUGAUCAAGCACUACAACAAGUUGAACCAAAGGAUGCCGCUUAUCUAUGUGAAGCUCUAUGCGUAUCAGAUCUUCAGGGCAUUGUCUUAUAUUCAUCUCAGUAUUGGCGUGUGUCACCGGGACAUUAAGCCUCAAAACCUUUUGGUUAAUCCACAUACUCACCAGGUCAAGCUCUGUGAUUUUGGAAGUGCAAAAGUAUUGGUGAAAGGGGAGCCAAAUAUUUCUUACAUUUGCUCGAGGUACUAUAGGGCUCCUGAGCUUAUCUUCGGAGCAACUGAAUACACUACAGCUAUUGAUAUCUGGUCUGCUGGCUGUGUUCUUGCUGAGCUACUUCUCGGACAUCCUCUGUUUCCUGGUGAGAGUGGAGUGGACCAGCUCGUGGAGAUCAUCAAGGUUUUGGGCACUCCAACCAGGGAGGAAAUCAAGUGCAUGAACCCCAACUAUACAGAGUUUAAAUUCCCUCAAAUAAAGGCCCAUCCAUGGCAUAAGAUAUUCCACAAGCGGAUGCCUCCAGAAGCAGUUGACUUGGUUUCAAGGUUGCUGCAGUAUUCACCAAACCUACGGUGCUCAGCUUUGGAUGCCUUAAUCCAUCCCUUCUUUGACGAGCUUCGUGAUCCUAACACGAGGCUGCCCAAUGGAAGAUUCCUUCCGCCGCUAUUCAACUUCAAAUCUCACGAAUUGAAGGGAUUACCGGUGGAUGUCUUAAUGAAACUGAUCCCAGAACACGCGAGGAAGCAGUGCCCUUUCCUCGGGUUGUGAUUCAGCUCGAAGCAGCAUAGUUCUCAAAGACUGUUGUCGUCCCAUUGUUGAAUGUUGGUCUGUCCUAUGAUGUAUGUUUGUGUCCAAUGUGUAGCGCUAAGUUAUUCUGUAUCUAUGAAUCCCAUACAUUGAGUAACCUAAGUACGUAUCUGGACUGUCUGUUGAAAUGACCUUUUUAUGACCUCUGAAAUGCACUCACUCUGAUUUCUGUGCGGUUCA